AUGUCUCAAGGAAAUGGGCACCACAUGGUGGUCGGCCGCUGUGAUGACUCGUCUCAGGCCAGCCUUUCCACUGACGACAUGGCGCAUGUGGGGAGACGGAUUGAUGCAGGAUCUCAGAGCACACACCCUCUGUCUGGUCAUCGACUGGGAUCGGACAAACCUUCGAAUUUCGAAGUAGACGGCACACCGUUCUUGACGCCAACUGAAAUUGAGGAUUUUGAUACCUUUUUCGGCAAUUUUCUUGAUGUCGGUUUUCCAAACUGUGCGAAUGAUCAGUUAUUGGUAGAUCUCGACAUGCCCGACUUCGAAUUUGUUCCUCAUGGUCUAGCUUGA